GAUGGAUCGAGCAAACUCACCCGCUGGGACAGAGAAGUCGAGCAGAUGUUCUGGUUCCCCAAACAAGAAAGUGCUGUGGAUGGUGCAACAGGCCCUGGCCCUGCAUAAGGCUGAGGCGCUCCUUCCACUCCUGGCCCAAGCUCAGGCCCGGUGCCGACCCCCAGAACGGGCAACGUCAACCCACCGCGCGAAGACCGGCUCCUGCAACAUAGCUCCUUCUCUCUUCGCCCAGUUACGAGUAGCUUCACCUGCCCGAUGACACAAUGGACGUAGCCUACGACCACAUCCAGGAGGAGUCCUUUCCGGAAGACGAGGAGAACACGAAGUCUCAGCACAAGGGGGAGGCCAACAAUGACUCGGCCCCGCAGACCAUAAACCAGGACCUCCGGGAUGCGUACAAGGCAUUUACGUCGUCGCCAUGGGGAAUGAAGCUGGGCGGUCUCUGGUCAAGCGCGAAGAAACAGGGCGAGCAGUAUUACGCCACGGCGCAGCACGAAGCCUCCGAACUUCUCAGUCGAACGCGGGCCAUAAGCCUGAGCAGUCCACCUACGUCUCCAAAGCCCAAUGCUUCUACGUCCGACCAGGGAGCAGUUGAGGACUCCGCACCGGCAGAGAGAGCUUCGGAGACCCACCCGGACCGUCCCGACUCUCUGCCUGUGGACAUUUACAAGGAGGCAUCCAAGAGUGCCAGCAGCCUUGCUUCGCGUCUCCGAUCCGAAGCCGCUCGUCGACUAAAGGAAGCACAGAAGCUCGAGGACGCAGCUGACGAGCAGCUCUUGCAGUGGGGGACGAGCAUUGGAAACUUCUUCAAGGACGCAAUCUCAAUUGCUCCUCCGUCCACGGAAGACCUCGAGAAAGGCAAAGGCGAGGUUCUUUUCGCAAGCAAGGACGCCGAAGGCAAGAGGGUCGUGCACGCAACACGCCUAGACGCACAGUUACACGUCAUCCACUGCUCGCUCGACUCAUUCCUCAAGGACCCCAAGAGCGGGGAGUGGGAGAAGUGGAAGGCCGAAUUCGAUGUUGAGAAGAGGACAGACGACAUUGCGAAGGAUCUCGAAACAUACGAGCAACUGAGGGAGGCUAUGGGCAAGCUUGUGCCGGAACAGGUCGAAUACAAGGAUUUCUGGUGCAGGUACUACUUUUUGCGACAUGUGGUCGAGACAGAGGAGGCUAGAAGACGCGAGUUGUUGAAGGGUGCGGCAAUCACUGCUGAGGAGGAAGUUGGCUGGGACGAGUCAGAUGACGAGGAGUCGACGACACCAAAGCACAGCUCGUCGUCGUCAUCUUCAAAGCCAGCAGCCAAGGACGAUUCAGACAAUGCUACGCUCAAGCCUUCGGAACCCCGCAGAUCGAAUGAUGAGAAAAGUACUGCAGGUAGCGAUGCGUCGUACGAUAUCGUGUCAGGGGCUACUAGCAGGGCCCCGGGUAGCCCCACGGCAGACAAGAAGGCAGAAGACAGCGAUGAUGACUGGGAGUAGCAAAUCAACGCUCCUGCUAUUGGAGACCGGUACGUUGUGUUUUUUUACUUGGGCUAAUGCGCCGGAAGAGUUGUUCGAUGCUACGAGCCCACUGACAAGGCGGCGAAUGCUGUACAGGCGUUAUGGACAUUGACAGGGUUCUUCUAAGGAGAAGGGGGGGGAAUACCACACGCAACCAGUCGCCGGGGCAGAUAGUCUUGAUGUACGACAGAUGUAUUCCACUGUACGCAAAUCUUCGUUACGAAGCUGUACUUGGAUCCUCGUG